UGCAGUCCUGCUUCACCACUCGUAAAGUUUUCCCCCUGCAGGUGGGGAUAGGGGGUUCGAACCUAGGUCCUUACACAUUGUAACGUGUGCUCAACUAGGUGCACCACUACCCAGCCCCCUCUAAAAUCAAUUUCUAAUCCAUGGAUGAAUAGCUCUUUGGUGGUGGUGGGGGAUGAGGGAUGUAGAAGUGUCUACCGGAGGUCGUGCGAAGCCCCUAUGCCUAUAGCCAACACCCACUCUCCUAGUCCCCAUACAAAUACAAGUCUAUCAAUAUCCUUUUAUUAUUAUUAUUUCUUUAUUGGAGGGUUAAUGAUUUACAGUCAAGGGUAAAAUAGUUUGUACAUGCAUAACAUUUCCACAUAACAAUACAACCCCCACUAGGCCCUCCUCUGCCAUCAUGUUCCAGGACCUGAAUACUACCCCCACCCCAGUCUUUUACUUUGGUGUAGCAAUAUCCUUUUCAUGCUCAGUCUUAUUACCCUACUGUAAUAAAUCUGUAAGAACCACUCCAAUUUCACAGAGGAAAAAGAGUUGAAGAGUCAAUGACCAGUUUAUGACACUGACUUUGAGCUCUAGUGUUCUCCUAGAAGUAUGGGUAAUUUGUUAAAUGUGGACUAGGACCCCACUAGGUGGGUGGAGCAGCGAUGAUAGGCCUAUGAACACAAAACUUUGAGGAGGGACCAACCGAGGAGGCACCGUCACUUAGUCUAUCACAUGUUCAGAUGGGAAGGAGCGGAUUAUAAAAAUGGGCUUCCAGACUAAGUUGAUAACAUUGAGAUAACUGCCUUCACUUGGGGCUGUUCACUAAAAGGCCCAGAAGGUGGGUCACAGCUCUGGGGGUGCUUGAACAGGGAUUCUGUGGAGCUGCUUGACUUUGGCAGUGCCCAGAGUGGGCCAGUGGCUGGUAAGUCCCUGGUGUAGGCACAAAAUAGCUUUCUCUUGGCAAAUGGGAAAGACAAGGCCACUUAAUUGUUUUUUAAAGUUGAGUCCCGUGACGAGGUCGUGGGAAAAGAAACUACAACACCCAGAAGCCCGUGCGCGCGCUCUCUUGAGGCGCUUGAUAGUUACCAUGGUUUCAGAAAACAAUAUGGCUGUUCACUUCUAGGCGGUAACUUCCUGGGCUAGAGAGGCUAAAAGCGGGUUUGCGUGCGGUUGAGAGGAACGGCUGAGGAGUCGUGAGUUUGGGGUAGGCGCUGCACGGCUGGAACCGCCCGCGGAGUUCGCUGAUGGAGGACAGUGUGGACGAGGAGGCGCUGCACCAGCUGUACCUGUGGGUAGAUAACAUCCCUCUCUCCCGGCCCAAGCGGAAUCUCUCCCGGGAUUUCAGUGACGGAGUCCUAGUUGCAGAGGUCAUCAAGUUUUACUUUCCCAAGAUGGUAGAGAUGCACAAUUAUGUCCCUGCCAACUCUCUUCACCAGAAGCUCAGCAACUGGAGUCACCUGAACAGAAAGGUGCUGAACAAGUUGAAUUUCUCAGUCCCAGAGGAUGUGAUGCGCAGAAUUGCACAGUGUGUCCCGGGAGUGGUGGAGCUGGUGCUUAUUCCACUGCGGCAGCGCCUGGAGGAGCGGCAGAAGCGCAAGAAGCAGGGCACCGGCUCCUUACAGGACUUGGCUCCCCAGGAUGGCACUGGCUACAUGGAUGUUUGUCCCAGAAGGCUCCAGGGGAAGGUGCCCCAGACCCCAAAGGAGGGGGGCAGCUCAGAGGAGGCCGGCCACAGGCUCCCCGCCCUCCAGGGUACAGUCAGGCUCUUCAGGGAGACCCAAGUUUCGUCCUCCAGAUCGCUGAAAAGGAGCAGGAGCUGCUAGCUUCACAGGAGACUGUACAGGUGUUGCAGAUGAAGGUGAGGCGCCUGGAGCACCUGCUCCAGCUCAAGAACGUGCGCAUUGAUGACCUCUCCAGACGGCUGCAGCAGGCAGAGCGUAAGCAGCGGUGAUAGGCGGCCAGCAGCCAAGCAGGAAGCCCCAGUACCUCCUGCAUUUGUCACUGGGCCAAGCAUAGCCACACCUGACAGACAAAUGGAUAGGCAGAGCCAGCAACUCCAGUGAACUUCUAGGGGCACAAUCACCCCCUCUUCCCUUGAGUGAGGGUGAGCUUGUGGGAGGGGACCUGUCGGAUAGGAGCCCUCUGAGUGGAGCCCCCUCCUCCUUCCCCUCCAGCCAGGUCAGGAGAACAGAUUACUUUCCAGAAAGUAAUCCCAUAAGCCAUGCUCAGAGACCUGGCAUCCCCCGCCCACACACACAAGUUAGGCUAGAUUAUAGGGGCUCUGGCGUGGUGGUCCCUACUCUUGUGCCUUGGGAGGGGAUCCCCUGAAUUGGUACAUGUUGCUACUACUGGGUCCCUGACCAACUCUGAGGACAGUGGUCUCUCCAUCUGGGCUAGUUCUCCAAGCCUUGGGUCAUGGGAGAAACUGCCCCAGGCAGCUGAAGGGUUCCCGUGCCCCUCCUGGGGCUUACCUGGAACCCAGCUCAAGACUGGAGAGUGUAACAGCACAGAGAAAGGGGUGAGGAGUCAGCUUAGCCAGGCCCAGGAGAGACAUCUGACUGCAGAUGUCUGUUCCAGUCACCCUCUGCUCUUGUAGGUACCAUAUCAUUGUGAAUAUCUGGGAGAUAUGAGACAGGGCUGCCCCCCAUUAAAGUUGCGCUCCCUA